UGGCACCACAGCAACAUGUUGAACAUCAGUGACUUGCCUCUGCACCUCCUGCCCUCCAGGGCCUCGGACUGUCUCCUGCAGCCACUCUGGGACUAUUUGCUUUUUCACCAUCGGCCUCUUAUCUCUUCUCCUUUUUUCCCCGUCCUACUCGCCUUCUCCAGCUAUUUCUUCUUCAGCGUACCUUUUGCUGCGCUGGACCUCUUCGGAGAAAGGGUGCCUUUUCUCUAUCAGUACAAGAUCCAGCCAGACAGGCGGCCAACAGUGGGAAUGAUGGCGAAGAGCUUCAUGACAGCGCUGUAUAACCACGUAUUCUUUGUUCUGCCAGCUGUAAUGAUUGGCAUGUUCAUACUGCCUACGCCAACACUUCCACAGGACGCUCCUACUCUAUAUGAGGUAUUCAUAGAUGGACUUGGCGUGCUUCUCCUCUUUGACACUCAGUACUACAUUUGGCACUUCGUACAUCACAAGUAUGCACAGCUUUACCGGUGGAUUCAUGCGAUCCACCAUGAAUACGUGGCGCCUUUCUCUUGGUCGACUGAGCAGCUCAGCAUCCCAGAGCUGAUGACUGUUGGACUCUGGAGCAACCAGGACCCGGUUCUUUUAAAGUGCCACCCCUUGACCACAUGGAGCAUCACCGUUUUCAGUAUCUGGAUGUCUGUGGAGGACCACAUAGGCUACGAUCUACCAUGGACCCUCAACCACCUGGUGCCUUUUGGUCUGCUGGGCGGUGCACCUGCUCAUGACAUGCACCACCAGAAGCCGAGCAGCAACUACGCUCCUUUCUUCAGCCACUGGGACAGAAUCUUUGGCACUGCCGUUCCUCUGAAGAAAAAGAUAAUGAAGUGAAUGCAAUUUAUGUUUAGUGUUUUUUUCCUUCUCAAGUUAUUGUCACUAUUAUUUUAGCACUGGCACAUUCACAAGUCAUGACUUUUAUAUUUGCUACUGUUCAUUUUAUUGCACUGACUCUUUGCUGCUCCGCCAGGUUUUCUUUGUGAGGCAAUGUGAGAUAAAAGAUGUGGAAAAGUGUAUUUUUUUUAUGGCUUUUCAUUCAAUAAAAUCAUAUGUAAAAA